AGACAAACAUUACUUGAAAUUUGUGCCAUAUGGUUAGGAUAUUUUGCUAACAAAAUUGCUCCUUUACAUGAAGAACCUUUAAGACAACACCUGUUUUUCAGUAACAGUUAUUUCCAACAUGAACGGAAACUGUACAUGUGGGUCAUCAAGACUAAAUACCAGCUAUGUUUACGCCAAAGAGGAAUUAGACAGCGGUGUUCCAAGUUUAAGCAGCAGCUUAUCUAGUUCAGAGUUUUAUGGAUGCCAAAAAAGAAUUGAUUAUCAGUCUCCAAGAUAUGGCCUGUUGGAGGAAGCUUUGGAAAAUGAGUUAAUAAGGUCAGAGAAACGGAGGUCAGCCCUUGGUGAAAGUCUUAAAAAUGCACAGAGCGCUCUCAGAUACCAGAAGAGCCGUCUAGAAGGACAAGACUGUGACCUACAGAACAAUGAGUCAAGACUUGAGAAUCUCCUACAGAGGCAAGAGCAUUUGGAAACGAGAAUGUGUUAUCUAAAACACAGAAAAAUGUCCCAUGAAGCAGCAAUACCUUAUGGAAGUAAAUGCGAUAAUAAAGAAAGCCAAACGUUUAAUUUACAGGUACCAGAUGUCAUGACUGAAGCUCACAGGAUUAAUAUGUUGGAAAAGGAAAUUAACAAUAUCAACCUGAAAAUGAAAACCCGUGUUCCACAAAAUACAAGCAAUCAUUCUAAUCUGAUUAGUUUGUAUGAAGAGAGACAAGUGCAACUAGAAGAGAAACUAGAGGAACUAUGUAAACAAGCACAGCAGAUGGCCGCUAAAUGCACCACUGCUGAGCAGGAGAGAGAUUCCAUUGAUCUUCAGAUGAUAUCACUAAAAGCUGAGCUUCAUCAAGCUAAUGUUACUUCCAAAAAUCUGGAAAAGGAAUGUAUGAAACUUCAGUCUCAAUUACUGGCUAGCAGAAAUAUAAACGAGACAUUGCAUCUGGAUAUGUCAUCUUUGAAGCAACGUGCUAUACAAUUGGAAGAUACUGUACAUGAGUUUGACAAUGAAAAGAAAUGUCUUCACCUAAAGCUUGAAAAGCUAGAAAAAGAAAAGCAACAGCUGCAAUCCCAAAAGGAUCUACUACAUGAAAUGUUGAAGAUGCGGAGAAAGAAAAGAAAAUCUAUGACAAAGAAUGAAAGUUCCUAUGGACCCAGUCAAUCUUUGGAAAAGACUACUGAAAUAGUACAGGAAUAUAUUUGGAAAGAACAGCCAGUUCCAGGAGAUGUGACCCCUGUUUCUAAAAUAUCAUUACAAGAGGCAGCAUCUAGGGACUCCCAAAAGAAAUACAAGGCUAGAAAACAUGCAGACAUGGGAAAUUCUAAAGUACAAAGUACCUAUCAUCAGAAAUUUACAGAUAAGAAACACAAGAAGGAAAAACUGGAACAGGAACAUUUGGAUAGCAAAAAAACAUUGCAGGUUGAAAAACAGUUUUCUGACCAGACUAAGGGAAGCUGUUUGGGAUCAGAUAGGUACUGCAAAUCAAGCAAAAAAUCAGGACAUUCAGAGGUACUCAUUGUGCACUAUCAACAUUUGGGCAACGUACUGAAAAAAUUAGAAAGUCUUCUUCGAAGCAACCUAUCAUUAGAUCAUGAAAAGGACCAAGUAUUGAAGUCUGUGCUGGGUAUCUUAGAGAAAUUGAAGGAUGCUAAUGUUCUGAGUGUAAAGAGCAGGGAUAAAGUUGAGCGACUUCUCAAUGAACACGUUAACUUGAUAAAAAACUGUCACAAAAGAGAGAACCAGAUUACAUCUGUGAUCAUUGAAUUAAAACAUUUGAGGAAAGCGUUCCAUGGUGUACUUAAUAAGUCUGAAGAUGCUGAUGACAAAAAAUCUAUGUUGUGGAUAAGUAGAGUGCAAGCAAUAAAGGAUUCUCUAAAUAUUCUGACAUUUCAAGAGCAGAAGACUGAAUCUAUGGAAAAUGACAUUUCCGUACUGGUGAAGGGUCUUUUCCUAGCAAACGAAAUGUUAUAGGAACAUAAAACAAGAUACUAUACAGUAGCACCAGUAGUAACAUAAAUUAUGCUUUAAAAGGUGGCAUACUGUAAUGAUAACAUGCACAUAUAUUUGUGAAUGGUAAGCUUUGAUUUGUGUUUUAAAUAUUUAAAUUAAUUAUAUUGCUACUACAAUUAUGUUAUUUAGUUUAGAUUUUACACAAAUGAUUCAAACUUCAAAUAAGCCCAAAUUGUGGUACUUAAACAAACCAUUUUUUUUUCUUUUUUUAGUAAUUAAAAUGUUUCUCUUGCAA